AUGGCUGCCAUCCGAAAGAAGCUGGUGAUUGUGGGGGAUGGGGCCUGUGGGAAGACCUGCCUCCUCAUCGUCUUCAGCAAGGAUCAGUUCCCAGAGGUCUACGUCCCUACUGUCUUUGAGAACUACAUCGCAGACAUAGAGGUGGAUGGCAAGCAGGUGGAGCUGGCUCUGUGGGACACAGCAGGGCAGGAAGACUACGACCGCCUGCGGCCUCUCUCCUACCCGGACACUGACGUCAUUCUCAUGUGCUUCUCCAUCGACAGCCCCGACAGUCUGGAAAACAUUCCUGAGAAGUGGACCCCGGAAGUGAAGCACUUCUGCCCCAAUGUGCCCAUCAUCCUGGUGGGGAAUAAGAAGGACCUGAGGCAAGAUGAGCAUACCCGGAGAGAGCUGGCCAAGAUGAAGCAGGAACCUGUUCGAUCUGAGGAAGGCCGGGACAUGGCGAACCGGAUCAGUGCCUUUGGCUACCUUGAGUGCUCAGCCAAGACCAAGGAGGGGGUGCGGGAGGUAUUUGAGAUGGCCACUAGGGCUGGCCUUCAGGUCCGCAAGAAUAAGCGCCGGAGGGGCUGCCCCAUUCUCUGA